AUGGCACAAAAGACACUUCUUUUUCUCGGUGCAGGACCGAACAUUGGAGCGGCUACACUAUCACUGUUCAAAACUAAAGGAUACAAGAUCGCUGCCGUGGCUCGCACGAUUCGAGCCGAUAUCGAAGCUCAGGCAGAUUUGUGUCUGACUGCGGACUUCAGCGAUCCAAGCGUGAUUGGGCCAAUCUUCGAGAGGGUUCAUCAGGAGUUGGGAGUACCUAACGUUGUGGUCUACAACCCUUACUCCUGGUCCAGGGGGCCUGAUCCUGAGAACCCAGUCUCGGCGCCGCUUAAAGAGUUCCAGAAUGACCUUGCAAUCAACACCACAAGCGCAUAUGCUGCUGCGCAAGCCGCAGUGGCCGGGUUUAGUAAGCUCCCCAAGGACGCAAAAAAGACCUUCAUCUAUACCGGUAAUAAUGGAAAUACCCUGAUCCUACCCAUCUUUCUUAUGCUUGGUAUUGGGAAGUCUGCCACUUGGUAUAUGAUCCAAACGCUAGCUGCGACUCCUAGCUUCGCUUCUAAGGGCUACCGAUUCUACUAUGUCGAUGAGCGCACACCCGAGGGAAAGGCAGGGCAUCCUUCUGGGCCCGCUCAUGCAAAAUAUUUCCUGGAGCUGGCAGAGCAAGAGGGACAGAGUGAGCCACUGGCAACGUUCGUGAAGGGCAAAGGUUACGUGAAGUUUCCAAGCAAUGAUAGGGCGGUACUACCGAAAGUCACUGUCGAAGAGUCGGUUGAUUUCACGUAUGGGAGGUAAUGAAAGGUCAUGGGGAUCUUCGGCGAUCGAGGUAGUGGAGUUCAGUCAGAUUCGAGUACAGAUCUAAAAUGCAGCUGUAGCAGUCAUAAGAAGAGCAUCGAUGUGUACACUGAGCAGACUCGUAUACAUCUAGAAUCCAUCAUUAUUAAU